AUGAUAGUAGACAAUAAAAUUUGAGCUGAAAACGUACAUAAAGAUGAAGCUCACAAAUGUUGAUUGAAUAUAUUUGCGGCGCAUCUUAUGUUCUGUUCCCCUUAUUUUUAACUAACUUAUUCCUCCUUUAGCAGUAUCUUUAUGUUUUCCAUUACUUUUUUUUCUGGUGAAUACAUUAAUAAAGGGGGUUACUGUCCUUUUUCCAUACUUUAGCCAAGGAUCCUCAAAAUUCACCAGUAUGAUGAUUCCACCUUCCUAUUACUUGCAAGUAUGACACUCAAAACCAAGGCAAACAAGUCACUAACAAAACAAGAGUCAACGGCUCAUCAAAAUUUUUGCAAUAAAUAAUUUUGUGUAUGCUAUUAAUUUGCACAUACUAAAAGUUAACGGGCUAGCAUUAUUAAAGGAAAAAGAUUCUACGAGUGACCUCAGUGAACAUAUCAAAUCUCUCAGCUUAAACAACAAAAGAAUUCUAUACUCAAUCCCCUGUUCUAUCUGCAGGUUGGUCUAAAAGAAAGGAAAAGGAUAAAAAAUAGAAACUUUUUAAAGGGCAUACACAAAUAAAAAGAGGGAGAGCCAUAACAAUUUAUCAUUAUCCAAAAUCAGCAAUCGUUAAUAGACUGAUAAAAGAACGAGGCAAAGGGCGUGAGGCUGCAUAACCUUUCAUGGUGUGCUAUAAAUCCUGAUGCUUCUUGGCCGAAGAGAGCGCCGGCAAUCAUCUCCAAGAGGCACCGGUGAGACUCCGUCAGCGAUUCGGCCCUCGUUGUCUCCAUCUCGACCCAAUCCCUAGCUUUCCUCCCGAAGUAAUUAAUGCUCCUCGUGGUGGUGUAUCAUCCUUCUCGUCGGUGGAUGACACGGCGGAAGGCGUUGGCGAGGCCCGGACCGAGACGGAGAGGGCCCCCACUCCAUGCGGUCCAUCCGGUUAAAGAAUGGCCAGGACGCAAUCGGAACGGUAGUGCUUACGGAGCUUCCCGACCUCGCGGCGGCGAGGGGUGCCGGUCUUGCAGGGGUCGAUAUGGUUUUUUAAUUAGACCGGCCUGGUUUGAUUUGUCUGUACUGGACCGCUCCGAUUUCAAUUGUGUAACAGGUCAACCGCGUCAACGGUGGCUGUCGUCAAGGGACACCACAGGCCGAAGCAUGCUUUUCCACCGGUGCGACGACGGCAUGCUCUGAUAACCGUCUUUAUUCCACCUCGAUUUCCUUGAGACGGACAAAGUCCAGGCUAAACUUCAUUCUUUAGGAUUACCAAGCAUUCCAUAAAUCCCUCGUAACCAUAUUCUGAAUCCACACUAAAGGAGAGCCAAGAGGUUGACAUUUCUAUUUCGUGUUUCAUAUUUGUUUUGGUUGCCCUUUUUUUCUGAAAGAAAAGUCUUCUUUUAGGUCAGUGGCCACUAGUGAGCCACAAGAUAGGGUUUGUCUUUCUUGUUGGCAGUAGCGAUUCUGUUCAAUGGCUACCUGAAAAUGUGCUACUACACCAUCAGUAUGCAGUCAGUCAAUCAAUAUUGGGAUGGUUGAAUUUUCAACGUUUGCUAAGCAUUUUUUCCAAACAACCAUACAGUAUCCUUGCGAACAAUUUGGGACAGCCUAAAGGAUACUGAACGUGUACUGCGGGAUUGCUUGUUCUCUUCUUCUUUGAGGUUCUUUCUUCUCUUUUAGCAGAUCUUGAUUAAUCAUCCCAUGGCUUCUUAAAGAGAUAUUCGAAGUGGAUUUUGGUGACUUGUGAGCUAUUUUAUGAUUCUUAUCUUUUAAAGCGAGCUGGGUCACCAAGAGAGACGAUGAGAUACUUCAUGUUACUGGUUUUAUUGGCAUCAUCAGCAAUUCUAGUUGAUUGUCGGCGUGAAGUGAGCAUUGAUUGUGGAUUUUCUGGUGAUGAUGCAUACUAUGACGACAGGACGUCCAAAAUCUAUGCUCCUGAUGCAGAGUACAUAGACACUGGUGCAAACCAUGAAAUUGAUGAAUCCUACGUCACAGGUCAGCCAGUGCAGGCUCAAAACCUUCGUAGUUUUCCUGAUGGUGUUCGUAAUUGUUAUACCAUAAAUGAUGUGACUCAAGGUGACAAGUACCUCAUAAGAGCUUCCUUUCUGUAUGGAUGCUAUGAUGGUGGUCAACAGAUGAGACAUGGCCGCAGUCUCACAUUUGAUCUCUAUUUUGGUGUUAAUUUUUGGCAAACAAUGAACAUUACUGUUGCAUCUCAUCUCUACAUUUCAGAGAUAAUAACCUUGGCAUCCUCUGAUUACUUUUCGAUAUGUCUGGUAAAAAGUGGUGAUGGCAUCCCGUUCAUAUCUGCUCUGGAGUUGAGGCAGCUCGACAGUGAACUUUACAAAGAUGUGAAUCAAUCAGUCUCCUUACGAUUAUCGGAAAGGAAGAGCAUGGGAUUGGAUCAAACUAUCAGAUUUCCAGACGAUAUCUACGAUCGCAUUUGGCAGCCAGGGUACACGUCUCGUGCAGCAUCCUACUCUCGUGAUGUCAGGCGAAAUUCGACUGUGUUAACCACUACUGCUGAGCUUGGUUCUGAUGAUGCUUAUAAGGUGCCGUCGGCAAUCAUGCAGUCGGCUGCUGUUUCAUCAGAUAACAACACUCUGAUACUUAGCCUAAGCAAUGGAGAUGAUGUGGUCAUGGCUCCCAUGUUUUAUGUCUACUUGCACUUUGCUGAACUACGAGCUCCCAAAGGCAAUGAGAAGAGUAUAUUUCAAUUGAGAGUGCCCGGCAGCCGACCCAGAUUGAUCAACAUCUCCCUAGAAUACUUGGUGGCACGCCACAUCCAACUCAUUGAUCAGGCUAACUCAGAUCCAAGCACUUUUUAUUUGAAUCUGACCAGGGUGCCAGGCUCCUUACCCCCAUUGCUCAAUGCCAUGGAAGCUUAUUCCUAUGUCGAUCUCACAAAAAUUUCAACUGAUCAGGGAGAUGUUGAUGCUAUGAUGAUGAUAAAGAGGUUGUUGUAUCACACCGAGUGGCAAGGUGAUCCAUGCGUUCCUGUGCAAUUUGCUUGGAAUGAAACCAAAUGCUCUUUCCCUAUCUCCACACCCCCAAGGGUCACCUCCUUAGACCUUUUUAAUCGGGGACUUAAAGGUGAUAUCCCAGCUGCUAUUGGCAACCUAUCAGCCAUCACAUACUUGAACUUAUCAAGAAAUACCUUCACUGGGCCUAUUCCACCAUUUCUUGCAAAUUUGAACUCACUUCAAACUCUGGAUUUAUCAGGCAACCAGCUUGAUGGUUCUUUGAUUGAUGUUUUAUGCAACAGACAGGCAAAUGGCUCACUCCGGUUGAGAUUGGAGGACAACCCAUGUUAUUUUCAUGGUAUAUGUGUUUGUAACAAGAGAAAGCAAAAGUACAGUAUUCAUGUCCUUGCUAUUUCCAUCGUUGUAGCAGCAGUCAUAGUGAUAGUUCUGCUGUCAGUGUUCUUCCUUAGAGGAAGAAGAGGAAAAAAGGAACCAUCAAAGCGACAACCGAAAUGGAGGGACACCAUAGGCAGUUCCUUCCACACUGGGAGCCCUCAUUUCACAUACCAAGAUCUGAGGACCAUCACCAACAACUUUGAGCGGGUCAUUGGCAAAGGAGGCUUUGGGACUGUCUACUAUGGUCGUUUGCAUGAUGGCACAGAGGUUGCGGUGAAGAUGCAGAAGCGAUUUCUUGCAAUCGAGGAAGGGAUUUCAGAGGACUUUAUGACAGAAGAACUUGGUUCUGAUUCCCAUGGGAUAAAGGAGUUCCAGGUUGAGGCUCAACUCUUAUCGAGGGUGCAUCAUAGAAACUUGGUGGCUCUGGUUGGUUAUUGUAAGGAUGGUCAUUCCCUCGGACUUGUUUUUGAAUAUGCAGCUCAAGGAAGUCUCAAAGACCAUCUAUCAGGUGCUAAAGAUCUAAUGACAUUUUCUAUUCUAUUUCUAUUAUACUUUGGACUAUAUCAAAUAUUUACUCCUCUCAGCUAUCACAGCACAUAUCGGCUAACAGAAAAAAGCGAUGUGUAUAGCUUUGGGAUUGUUCUUCUAGAGUUAGUCACAGGUCUCCCGGCUGUGCUAAAGUUUCUGGAAACCGGUCACAUUAUUCAGUGGGUUCGUCAAGGCCUUGCUCAAGGGACCGUAGCUGAUGUUGUCGAUCCAAGACUACAACAACAACAACAAUGUGACAUGUACUCUGUCAGAAGGGUCGUUGAUUUAGCACUUCAUUGCACUGCUCUAAACAGCAAUGAGAGGCCCACCAUGACUGAAGUGGUGAUGCAAUUGAAAGAGAGUCUGCAACUAGAAAUUGUUAGUGAAAGCAGCACAAGGCCGUAUGGUGGAGACGUCGAUGUUAAUCAAAGUGGCACAACUGCAACAACCAGCAUCAACUUAACUGAGUUGAGUGACCCCAGCGCAAGAUAGUAAGCAUCACUUCUCUGCACACCAUGGCUUCUUAAAGUUCCUUUGGCUUUUUUCUUUUCCUCUGUCUCUCUCUCUCUCUCUCUAUUGUGUCUAGAUUAAUCUUCUGAAAAUGAAAAUAUUGUAAUUAUGACAACACUGAUAUCCAAUGAAUGCCUAGGAAAUACCAUAUCAAGUGUAAUUAUUAGAUAUCUUUGUUUGUUGCUUGUUUAGUUGUUUUAGUGAGUUCCUAUCCUGUGCAAAAGUUCAUUG